AUGUUUGUUCCAGGUGGCCAAGGCGGGUACUCUGGUCCCAGUGGGUACGGAGAAAAUGGACCGAAUAUGAAUAGUUACAAUAGCAACAAUGGUCCAAUGCCCUUCAACGGUGGGAAUAUGAACGAAAAUGGUAAUGGAAACGUGGAUGACGGCAUCAAAGGAAGCAUCGGAGGUGCUGUGGAGCCGACGAGAGCACCGUAUCCACCAAAUGGAUAUGGAGGCUAUGGAAACGGAAACGGAAACCGUCCGGGGUACGGGAACAAUAACGGUUACGGAGGCAAUCAAGGAUUUGGUUUAAUCGAAUGGCCGGGGGAUACGGAAACAACUUCGGUCGGCCGAUUCUUCCGCGCGGCGAACGCUUUGUCCAUGGCAGACGUACUUGGAGAUACUAAAUAUGGUUUUGUUCCAUUCUCUCCACGCAACACGGUCCUCCAGAGAUGGAAAGUGGUCUUGGCCUCAGAAACGAAAAAAAUUUAA